UCAGAUUGUCAUAAAAGUUCAAGCUCAAAUGCAUUUAGUCUGAUGAUUGCAAACUCUGAACACAAUCAGUCUAGCAGUGGAUGCAGGAUUCAAGCCUCAAGUCUGUAAGGACAAACCAACAUCAGCUGCAGGAAUCCCUCUAUAUGAACUCUACUUCUGACCCUGAUAGCCUUGAGAAACCUGGUGACAUUGAAGGCUCAAAUAUGGACACUUCAGAGUGCCCUACUGUACUUGUUGGGUCUUCUAAGUCAGCUUUUGAUCAGGAGACCAACCCUGAUCCUGAGCAGAUCGAGGAUAUCUAGCUAUAGCAUACUGAUGUUAAGACCCUUAUUUACAUGUACCUACCUGAAAGUGUUUCUACCUGAUGCACUUCCUAGAGAAGUGUUAAAUUAAAAUCACCCCUUUGCACCAUUUGGUGCUUGAAUUUGUUUUCUGUGUCUGCCUUGCAGGCACUUGGAGAUCUUGUUCCAUCCUGUAUUUUCAAUUGGAAAUUGUGUUCUGGAGUUCAUGUUGCUUAGUAUAAAAGACAGUGAAGCAAAGGCAUUUCUUAAUCUGCCUUUCCCAUUGAUUCCAUUUCCUUCACUGCAAGAUUUUUUGGGGGGUUACUUUUCAUAGUUUUUCUGAUACCUCUUUAUUUUAAAUUUCAUUAAUAGCUCUCUGCUCAGAAACAAAUAGCAAUCCAGAUGGUACGGUGUUUUCCCCAGCUGUCAAGCAUAGUGCUAUAGAGGGUUACAGAGCAGAAUCUGAUCAUCUUUUAAGAAUGGGAGACUGAGGAUGUCUAGAGAAUGACCUUUAAAGAGAGGACUAAAAUAGGCUGAUAAGCUGUAGGUUUAGUCUUUGAUUCAAAGACUACUGGGCUUUGGAUUCAAUAUCGGCACCAACCAGCUACUUAGUUUAAUAUCUCUAGGUACCUUUCCAGUUCACUGUUCACAUAAAGCAAAAGAAAAAGCUCCUGUCUUUAUAGAACUUGCUUAUUCUGUCCUCUGCAAGUCACAACUUCCCUGUGGUUGGCUACUGUGCCUGGUACUACCGAUUUUUGGAAAAACAUUUUUGAGUUGUAAAACUUAUAGAAGAUGGGCCUCCUUGGAAAAUAUUUGCUGCUGCUAUAGGCUAAUUUGGAAAAGUUUCUUUUCUUGCAAGAGUCUGACCACUCUCCUGAAGCACACUCAGAGAGUACAACACCAGCAGUGUGCUUGGUUCAUAAUCUUUUCCCUCUCUCUUCUUCCCUACUGCUAGCCUAGAGGGUUCUUCUGUUAACAAGGCCCUGUUUGAUUGCAUCGGUCCAAACUGUCAAGCCAUGUUAUAGAUGUGAUUUUAAUAUACAGCAUGAACAUAAUGUUUCCCCAGGGAGUACUACACUCUUUUGUCUUAUCCCUUGCCAUUAUUUCUCUGUACAAAAUGACUACUGAUUAAGUGAAUGCUAUGUUUCUCAUAGUACGUUGUGAUGUAAGCAAGAACAAUGUGUAUCCUCUAGUAGAAGCCAGCUUUGUCACUUUCCAAGUAUUUCUUGUGAAAUACACCCAACACCUGUCCCAGAAAAAUGUUCAGAAAUCCUCUUGAAAAUUACCUGGAAGCUGAAGCCACUUUAUUGAGCUCUUCACACAGGGCAGUGCAGUUGACAAGACUAUUGUUUCUACAGUGGUUCUUAGGUACUUAGAGACUACCAGCUAUGACAAUCAGGUGGUAAGAGAAGAACCUUCCUUUUGAUGGGAAAGAAUUUAUUUUCAGGAAGGUUUAAGAAAAGCUCUAGAAUCUUCUUGAUUGUUGUGACUGAUUAGCUUUUAAAAUCUACUCCAAUGAGAAAGACAAGGUGAUUUUUUUUUCAUUCUAACUGCUUUGCACCCACCUGCCACCCAUCUUUGUCAUUCUCCCCCUCCCUUCUCUUCCCUCCUUUUAUCUUUUUGAUUUUGUCAGCACCUCUUAAUAAUGGGGAGAGAUAUCAGGAACUGCAAAGGAAGGUGAUAAUUUUCUGACGUUGGCACUGAUUAUCUCUGUAGUUUGACCUUCUACACUGAGACAGUGCUUCUGAACAUGCACCUGAGAAAUGUGAAUGCAAUUUCUGUCUCCAGUCUCCUCUGAUUCUUUACCCUACGUAUUUAGUCAAGUUUCCUUAUCUUAUUUAAUGUAUUGCCAUGCUUAUCUGGGAUACGUUGUUCCAAGGAUUUCUCCAUUUGUUUUGUUAACUUGAUGCUCUCCCACUGCCAUUCCCUUUUCAGGGACCUUUCUUAUGAGAACCUGCUCGAACAGGAGGUGAAGACUUGAAUGGACCUCCUGCUUCUCUCCUUUGAAGUCCAUGAACAUUUCUAUGAGUUUGAAUUUGAAAGGAACUAAGGAAAAUACCACUAAAAAGGGAGGAGGGAGACUGGCAAAAAAAAAAAAAAAGUUCUCUGGUGCUUGGGUAUAUGUACUAUUGCACAUACAGAGUACAUUUUACAAUAAGACUUCAGGUGGUGGUAAAUCUUUCAUUUUAAAUGAUUCUAGAUAAUUUAAGAAUUACUGUAAGUUCUGAAUGUUGAUACUAAGUACUGGAAAAGUUAAUGUGGCUGGCUGUACAAAUUUAGGUACUCAAAGUGUCCAAGUAAUUUGGGUUUCUCUGAGGAUGGUGUGUCACUUCAAGCAUUCAAGUGACGUUUUAUUCUUUGUCUUUAAUCUUACAGUAGUGAGCAGUCCACUAAAGCCAAAACACAAAAGGAAUUGCUGAAAACAUUACAAGAGCUGAAAGCUCACCUUCCCUCUGAAAAGAGAAUUAAAGGCAAAUCUAGUGUCCUAACGACUUUGAAAUACGCCCUUAAAAGCAUUAAACAAGUUAAAGCCAAUGAGGAGUAUUACCAAUUGUUGAUGAUUAAUGAAUCCCAGCCUGCUGGACUCAAUGUGUCAUCUUACACGGUGGAAGAAGUUGAGACUAUAACCUCAGAAUACAUCAUGAAAAAUGCAGAUAUGUUUGCUGUAGCUGUUUCUUUGAUUACUGGGAAAAUUUUGUACAUCUCUGAUCAAGCUGCUUCUAUUCUCCGCUGUAAGAGGGGUUAUUUUAAAAAUGCCAAAUUUGUGGAGUUCUUGGCACCUCAGGAUGUCAGUGUGUUCUAUACUUCUACUACCCCAUACAGAUUACCGUCAUGGAAUAUUUGCAAUAGAGCUGAGUCUUCCACCCAGGAUUGCAUGGAAGAGAAGUCUUUCUUCUGUCGCAUCAGUGCAGGAAAGGAGCGUGAAAAUGAUAUUUGCUAUCACCCGUUUCGGAUGACUCCUUACCUUAUUAAAGUGCAAGAUCCGGAAAUAGCAGAGGACCAGCUUUGCUGUGUGUUGCUUGCGGAAAAAGUACAUUCUGGUUAUGAAGCACCCAGAAUUCCACCUGACAAAAGAAUUUUUACAACUACGCACACGCCGACCUGUUUGUUCCAGGAUGUAGAUGAAAGAGCAGUACCUCUGUUGGGAUACCUACCUCAGGACUUAAUAGGAACACCAGUCUUGGUGCAUCUUCACCCAAAUGACAGACCUUUAAUGCUAGCAAUUCACAAAAAAAUACUUCAGUAUGGAGGACAGCCUUUUGACUAUUCACCAAUCAGGUUUUGCACCAGAAAUGGAGAUUAUAUAACCAUGGACACUAGCUGGUCCAGUUUCAUUAACCCUUGGAGUCGAAAAGUUUCAUUUAUUAUUGGAAGACACAAAGUUAGGACGGGUCCCUUAAAUGAAGAUGUCUUUGCUGCUCCCAACUAUACAGAGGAUAGAAUCCUUCAUCCCAGUGUUCAGGAAAUCACUGAGCAAAUAUAUCGGCUAUUAUUGCAGCCUGUACACAACAGUGGAUCCAGUGGCUACGGAAGUCUAGGUAGCAAUGGCUCUCAUGAGCACUUAAUGAGCGUGGCAUCCUCCAGUGACAGCACAGGAAAUAACAAUGAAGACACUCAUAAGGAUAAACCAGAGGUUUGUCAAGAUGCCCGUAAGGUCAAAAAUAAAGGACAGCGUAUUUUCACUGACAAUAAAGCAAAACUGGGAUGUAAGAGAGAGACUCUUGGAGAAAAACAAAAUGGUCCUGGUGGUCAGGUGAAAGAUGCAGUGGGAAAGGAUACUGCAGUAACAGCUGCUCCUAAAAAUGUGACUACUGAAGAGUUGGCUUGGAAAGAACAGCCUGUGUAUUCUUAUCAACAGAUUAGCUGUCUGGACAGUGUCAUCAGGUACUUGGAGAGUUGUAAUGUGCCUGGUACAGCAAAAAGAAAAUGUGAGCCUUCAUCAAGUGUUGCAUCACUGAAUUCUGGAGUUCAUGAACAAAAACCAGCUGAUAACACUAUACAGCCCUUGGGAGAUCCUGCUGUGUUGAAGGCAUCUGGUAAAUCAAAUGGUCCCCCGGUGGUUGGUGCUCACUUAACAUCUUUGGCUUUACCUGGCAAGCCUGAAAGUGUUGUCUCUCUCACAAGUCAGUGCAGCUACAGUAGCACCAUUGUUCACGUUGGAGACAAAAAACCACAACCUGAACUAGAAAUGAUAGAAGAUGGUCCAAAUGGAGCAGAACUCCUCGAUGGCCAACUUCUUGCCCCUCCAUCCAGCUCUGCGCAUGUAAAUCAAGAAAAGGAGCCCUUUAAAAAACUGGGACUUACAAAGGAAGUCCUUGCAGUGCAUACACAAAAAGAGGAACAGAGCUUUUUGAAUAAGUUUAAAGAAAUCAAGAGAUUUAACAUUUUUCAGUCCCACUGCAAUUACUACUUACAAGAUAAACCAAAAGGACGGCCUGGUGAACGUGGUGGCCGUGGACAAAGAAAUGGCACUUCUGGAAUGGAUCAGCCUUGGAAGAAAAGUGGAAAGAACAGGAAAUCAAAGCGCAUUAAACCACAGGAGUCUUCAGACAGUACAACUUCUGGAACUAAAUUCCCCCAUCGGUUCCCUCUUCAAGGCUUAAAUGCUACCGCUUGGUCACCAUCAGACACUUCACAAGCAAGCUAUUCAGCGAUGUCUUUUCCCACUGUUAUGCCUGCAUAUCCGCUUCCUGUUUUUCCAGCAGGAGGGACUGUGCCACCAGCUCCUGAGACUUCACUCUCUGGUUUUAAUCAGUUGCCAGACUCUGGAAAUACUUGCCCUGUGCAACCAUCCCAGUUCUCUGCACCCCUCAUGACACCUGUCGUAGCUCUUGUGCUCCCCAACUACGUCUACCCAGAGAUGAACAAUAACUUGCCUCAAACGCUUUACCACAGCCAACCCAACUUUCCUGCCCAUUCCAGUUUCUCUUCACAGACAGUAUUUCCGUCACAGCCACCAUUCGCUACACCCAGCCCUUUCCCACAACAGGCGUUUUUUCCAACGCAGCCAUUCCAUUAUAAUCCACCAGCAGAGAGUGAAAAGGUUCCUGUCACAGAGCCACGAAAUGAGCCAUCCCGUUCCUGCACUCCACAGUCAGUGGGUCCUCAAGAUUCACCGCCUCUGUUCCAGUCAAGGUGCAGUUCUCCUUUGAAUCUUCUGCAGUUAGAAGAAACCUCAAAAACUGCUGAAAGUGGAGCUCCUGCAGGUUUACACGGAGCUUUAAGUGAGGAAGGAGCCAUCGGCAAAAUCAUGACAACUGAUGACUGUAGUGGAAAGGGAUCCUUGCCAGCUGAAUCUCCAAUGGAUGCUCAAAAUAGUGAUGCACUCUCCAUGUCUAGUGUCCUGCUUGACAUUUUACUUCAAGAAGAUGCGUGUUCAGGCACUGGCUCAGCUUCUUCAGGGAGUGGUGUAUCUGCAGCUGCUGAGUCUCUGGGGUCUGGAUCCAAUGGCUGUGGCAUGUCAGGGAGCAGAACAGGUAGUAGUGAAACUAGUCAUACCAGCAAAUACUUUGGGAGUAUUGAUUCCUCAGAAAAUCAUCAUAAAACCAAAAUGAAGGCAGAAAUGGAAGAAAGUGAGCACUUCAUUAAAUAUGUCCUUCAGGAUCCUAUAUGGCUUUUAAUGGCAAACACAGAUGACACUGUUAUGAUGACUUACCAGAUACCUUCACGAGAUUUGGAAACAGUUUUAAAAGAAGAUAAGCAAAAAUUAAAGCAAAUGCAGAAACUACAGCCAAAAUUCACAGAAGAACAAAAAAGAGAGCUUAUUGAAGUUCAUCCAUGGAUCCAGCAAGGUGGACUGCCAAAAACUGUUGCUAAUUCUGAAUGUAUUUUUUGUGAGGACAAUAUACAAAGCAAUUUUUAUACGUCGUACGAUGAAGAAAUCCAUGAAAUGGACCUUAAUGAGAUGAUUGAAGACAGUGGGGAAAACAACUUGGUUUCCCUGAGUCAAGUCAGUGAAGAACAAACAUAGCCUUUGAGCCUGUUGUUUUCAAAGCUGCUCCAAAACUACAGUGAUGAUCCAUAAAGGUUUUAAUCUUGUAUCCAGCAAGAUGAAUCCAGUUCAUAAAAACAAAUGUUUUUUCUUGCUCUAGAAGAGUCAUUUGUGAAUGAAUCUCUUUUUAAAUGGUGGCAAUCUCUUCCCAGUAAGGACAUUGUUGAAGAUGGUAUAGCUUUUCUUUAAAAAAGAAAGACUCAUAUUUUGCACUUACAUGCCUCAAGUAUUUCUUUAUAAAUGAUAGAAACUUUCAUUGAUGCCUACUGUUUUUUGUAGAGUGGGUUAAUGAGUACUGAAAAUCCCCUGACGUACAUACGGUUCUUCAAAUCUCCUUUUGGUAAUGAUUCAGCAUUAUAAAUUGUUCUAGCAAUUUUGCUUAGUGGCUCUUCAGCAUUGUUCUUAAUAUUUGAAGUGGUCCAGCAUAGUAGAAUAAAUAACCUUCAAGCAAGUCAAUUCACACUUGCCCUUUUCAUACCAUCCUCUUUGUUUGUUUCCUAUAGUUUUGAAUGUAGGAACCUUUUUUUGUCUGAGAAAUGUUGAACUAAUUUUGUAAGAUGGUCUUGAAUUAAAACACUUAUGUGAAUGUGUAAGAAAGUAUAGAUGAGUGCUGACAACUUUGUAGCCUUUUAUUUAAAUGGACGCUGCAAUACUAUGAACUGUUUAUUACCUUGAAGCAUAAUUUCUGAGAAUUUAUACACAAGAAAUCUUUAUGCUUAAAGAUUUUAAAAACUAAGACUGCAGAGGAUGACUGCGUAUGCUCCAGUGACUGUUAGACAAAGCUUGGUAUAACUUUAACCUUGAUUUCUGAUUUGUUCUGUCAGGAGGUUGGCCAUCAGUUUUUCCUGUGUGGCUAAACAAACACCAAACUUGUAUGUGGCAAGAGAGGAUUAGAUGCAUUUCUUGUUAUUUGAAGAUAGUUCUUAAAGAAGUGAUUUUGAGAAUAAUGUUGACUUUCAUUAUAUUUAAAUUGCAUAAUCUAAAACUUAGUGUGGCUGGAAUCCUUUGCUGUCAAGGAUUUAAUUUUAAUGACUCUGAGAUUGUAUUGACUUGAAUAUGUGUACUUUAUGUUCUUGUGCUGUUUAUACAUGUUGGAUGUGGGAAGAGAACACAAAAGAGCAACUUGAAUAUAUUGGUUAGUUAAAGGACCUUUAGUUGCAAUAUUGCUAGAUGUCAUCUGUAGGUCUUGGGGUGAAAAACAUGGAGAAAUUCAAUUAACUUCGAUAUGUCUGUCUUAAAAUAUUUUUCAUGGAAACCAUUUCCUUUUUUAUUAGGAUAACAUUUCUAUUCACUGAAAUCAAAGGUUUUUUCCAUUCUACAAAAAUAUUUCUCUUUGCAUACAAAGAGGAUGUGAAGUUUGAUCUGACACCACCAAAAACACGCAGAAGUGACUGGUAUUUGCUUAGUGGAAGAAAUAAUUUGUGUAAAGCAAUUAGUUACUAAUUGGCCAGUGUCAUGAGGAAAUUUACAUUGGAGACAGGUGCUGCAGAUAGCAGAGCAUGUGAACUUGUGAAACAAGUAGAAUCACAAUUUAAAAAACAAGUAUCUUACAUGUAGUGUGAAGCACUACCCAGCAAGAUCUGAUUCUUGUCUUUAAUAGUUUAGCAAGGUCAAACUUAAAUAUAUGUAAAUAUAAACUGAAUGAGAAAUUUUAAAAUGUUGGUGUUCAAGUCCAAUGUAUUAAAUGUUUAAUCAUAAAUGGAACAGUGCAGCUAUACCAACAUAUUAAAUAUAUUCCAUUUUUACAUGUAAGCACAAAGAGUUUUAAUUGGACCAGGGUUUGGGAAAAAUAAAAGCUUUAUGUAAAGGAGUGCAUCAUAAUUAUACAAAUUAUUUUCAGGGAAUUCUCAACCACUUUCAACUUAUUUGCUUUAGCAUGCUUUUUUCUUUUUUCUUUUUUUAAAUUUGUUCUCUUUUUUUUUUUUAUGACCAUCUUGUAACCAUAACUUAGUGAAAGGAAGAGAAAAGUAUAUUUAGAGCAUUUUGUGGAUGUGCUUACUUAUGGACUUAAUCUUGCAUCCUUAAAGUGUUUGCAUUUACAGGGUGGUAUUAAAAUAUUUUCCUGUAACUUUAAAUCUACAUGCCUCCAUUUAUAGAUAAGAUUCUGAAGCUGUAAUUUUCCAAACUGUUGUAAGAUGAUUUAUUUGUGAUGACACUUUGUCAACAUGUCAACAAUGUUUUCUGUACACUGUGCAAUAUAUUUUGGUUUUGCCACUUGUGACUAAUUUUUAUGACUUUGCUUUUUAGAAAACCGGUAAAUAAAACAGAUAUAUUUUUA